CGGGGGCAAGGCGGGGCGGCCGCCGGUGCUCGGGGGCGGAGGCGGCCGGCGCCCGUGCCUCCCUCCGGCCUGUUUACGUUGCGGAUCCAGCCAGCGUGCAGCAGCAGCGGCGAGAGUUUGUUUCCCUCGGCGGAUGCCGGGGGCGGGGUGGGCGUAAGGCCCCCCCACACCCCAAGACGCCGGGGCACCUCUCUGCCGCUGCUGCGGCUCGCCCGGCCCGAAGAAGGCGGGACGGUGGGGUUCGGGGAGGGGAGCCGGCGGGCGCAGAGAUGGGGGCGGGCAGGGCGAGAACCUCCUCCGCCACCCCCUCCCCGGGAGCAGGUGAACCAAGGAAAUUUGACCCAAAGUUCAGAGGACCUAUUCAUAACAGGCACUGUACAGACAUUAUUUGCUGUGUGAUCUUCAUAGUAGUCAUUCUGGGUUACAUUGCAUUAGGAAUUGUGGCUUGGGUGCACGGUGACCCCAGGAAAGUGAUUUAUCCAACUGACAGCUAUGGGCAGUUCUGUGGUCAGAAAGAUACCCUCAAUGAGAACAAGACCAUUUUGUUUUACUUUAACAUUCUGAAAUGUGCCAGCCCCAUAGUGUUAAUAAACCUACAGUGCCCUACAACACAGCUUUGUGUCUCAAAGUGCCCAGACAGGUUUGCAACCUACAUUGAUGUUCAGGCUUCCUACAGAUAUAAACCAGAUCAGUGGAAUUACUUCAGGCAAUUCUGCAAACCUGGUUUUAACAAUCCUCGCAAGUCUGUUGCUCAAGUCCUACGUGAUGAAGAUUGUCCUUCGAUGAUCAUUCCAAGCAGGCCUUUUCUUAAGAGAUGCUUCCCAGACUUCUCCACGAAGAAUGGUGUGCUAACUGUGGCAAAUCAGACUACAUUCAAAGAUGGAAGAGGGAAAACAAGAAAUGUAACUGAUCUCAGGGAAGCUGCAAACGGCAUCAAUAAUGUCCUGGAUGCAAGAUCAGUUGGAAUGAAAAUUUUUGAAGACUAUGCCAUUUCUUGGUAUUGGAUUUUAAUUGGGCUGUUCAUUGCAAUGAUAGUAAGUCUGCUCUUCCUUGUGUUAUUGAGGUUCACAGCUGGGGUCCUCUUCUGGAUUUUCAUCUUUGGUGUGAUUGGAAUUAUAGGUUAUGGCAUCUGGCAUUGUUACUGGGAGUAUGAUCAUCUUAAAGGAAUACCUGGAUCUGACCUCACUGUUUACGACAUUGGAUUCCAGACAGACUUCAGAGUGUACCUGCAACUGAGGCAAACAUGGUUAGCAUUUAUGAUAAUACUUUGUGUUGUUGAGGUCAUAAUCAUACUGAUGCUGAUCUUCCUAAGGAAUCGGAUCCGGAUUGCUAUUGCACUGUUGAAGGAAGGUAGUAGGGCUAUUGGCUAUAUAAUGUCUACAUUGUUCUACCCAAUCGUCACCUUCAUACUCAUUGCAAUUUGUAUUUCCUACUGGGCUGUGACAGCUGUUUUUCUGGCUACAUCAGGAGAACCUGUGUAUAAAGUAAUGGCUAAUCAAACACUGUGCAAGUAUGCAAACCUGACUUGUGACCCAGAGACUUUUAACACAACCAAUGUGACUAAAUUGUGUCCGGGGGCUCAGUGUACUUUUGCUUUUUAUGGAGGAGAAAGCCUGUACCAUAAGUACAUCUUCAUCUUCCAGUUAGCCAAUGCCUUUGUCUUUCUGUGGCUGGUGAACUUUGCAAUUGCACUGGGUCAGUGUACCCUUGCUGGUGCCUUUGCCUCUUAUUACUGGGCUUCUCGGAAACCAGCUGAUAUUCCACUGUGGCCGCUCUUCUCUUCAUUUGGACGAGCAAUACGAUACCAUACAGGUUCGCUGGCAUUUGGAGCCUUAAUUCUUGCAAUUGUCCAGCUUAUUAGAGUAAUACUGGAGUACUUGGAUCACAAACUGAAAGGUACACAGAACUCCUUCACUAGAUUUCUACUCUGCUGCCUCAAAUGCUGUUUCUGGUGUUUGGAAAGAUUCUUAAAAUUUAUAAACAGAAAUGCCUACAUCAUGAUUGCCAUAUAUGGUAAAAACUUCUGCACCUCGGCAAAGGAAGCAUUCUUUUUGCUUAUGCGGAAUGUGGUGAGAGUUGCAGUUCUGGACAAAGUUACAGACUUUCUUUUAUUCCUGGGGAAAAUUCUCGUUGCUGGUGGUGUAGGUGUUCUUGCUUUCUUUUUCUUCACACAGAGAAUACCAGUCUUUGCACAGGAAGCACCAACGUUAAAUUACUACUGGGUUCCAUUGUUGACGGUCAUUAUUGGCUCCUACCUAGUUGCACAUGGGUUCUUCAGCGUCUAUGCAAUGUGUGUCGACACGCUUUUCCUCUGCUUUUGUGAAGACCUGGAAAGAAAUGAUGGAUCUACAGCAAAACCCUACUUCAUGUCAGCUAGCCUUCACCGAAUUCUAGGGAAGAAGGAACUAAGCCCUAAGAAGGCAGUGGGAUAACAUACACUAAACCUCAACAUCAAAACAGUGUCACUUUUAAGCAAAACAUGUAUAAAGUAGGCAAAAGUAAAAACUGUAAAUGAUGCUUCUGGUAAAUGGGUGAUUCUUUUUUCCUUUUGCUUAUAUCUAAAAAAAAUGAGCAACAUUGGUAACAUUUAACUAGUUUAAAUGCUUAACUAACAGCUGUGAAAACAAGGCCACGUUUUAGUUUAUAGAGUGCCUAUGAAAAGGAAAAUGUAAAUUUGAAGCUUUUUUAAGUCUAUAAUGAUGUUUUAAUAACUUUUGUAACACAAGUUGCUGCCUUAGAUGACAGCAGUUUUGAUAAUGUUUCUUUUUAUAAGUGUAUAUUUGUAAAAGAAAUUCAGGCAAUUUUUUGAAAGCACUAACAUAUAACCUAAUUAGCCAUAAAAGAUAGUUUGAGACUCUCUAGUUAACCAGGAGAUGGUACUAAAUCUGUAAAUACGGUGCUAUGAUUGUAUUUUUUUGUACAAGCUGGUACACAGCUAUUUAAACUGUGAUUAUACAUGCAUUAAUGAUUCCCUACACUGAAAAAUGUAGUGAUAUUUUAAUCACAUCCACAACUGCGUCUUUUUUAAGAAAUGAUGGUACCCUGCAGGUCCCAAAGAAGGUAGUCAGAGAAGACUAUUGUUGAUACUGCUUAAAGUGAAGUUUUCUGUGAGUUGUGCUUAAAAGAUGAUAUAACUGAGCGAAGGUUCCACUGCACUUGAAGUGAUUUGUGGUUCACACAAAUGAGGUUUCAUCUGGUACAAGAUGGUGAAUGUAUCAUUUUUAGCCAAUGUCCAAGAAAGAUGCACUUGUGUUAAUAUCCUCCUAUCUCUAACAAGUCUCCAGUUGUGUUCUACAUUAUGAGGAAGUUGAGCUUCACUGAAAGGAAAACCAAAUGCAGUCUCUUUUUCCUUGGAAGAAAGUCUUGGCCAUAUGUGUGCAUGAGGAAUUCCAUUGCCUCUGCCUAGCUUCUUAAUGAGCCAUUGCAAUGACUGUGUGGGUGCUGAGUGCUGGGUGUGCUCUCUCUGCGGGUCUCCAGGAUCUCAGUGGCUCACGCAGUAAGGUGUUAAGACAUUGAACUUGAGUCUCCUCGUGAUACAGGAUGAAUAAUUUAGCUACUGAAAGAUGGUCCAAAAGGGUUAGUUUGCUUUUUGAUUAUUAAAUUUGCCCGGUCAUUAGUACAAAAUCUGUUGGUAGAAAGCACAUUAACAUUCUGUUCAAUUUUAUGACCCCCUCCCCCACCGUUAAUAGAACUGUCACUGAGGUUAGUAAACAGCCCUGCUCAUGGAUAAAGUCUUACACUGGAGUACUUCUCAAGUCUGUUACUGCCAUGAGCUGAGCUGAAAAGGUUUUAAUUUGUUAGUCUCGUGGAUGCCCAAGGACCCAACCACACUGAGGCCUGCCCCUAGUUUUCAUGGAUUCCACCAUACUGAAUAAGGUAUUUCAUUACUGUCCGCUUUCCAGGAGUGGCACGUGCCAUACCUCUGCCAGAUCUGUUACAGGAGUUCAGUGUCUGGAAAUACUAUUCUAGCCCCAGGAGCCCGUUGAUAUCACAGAGAGAAAGGCAAAUUCUUUUCCAGAUGGUUUGAGUGCAAGUUUCUGGGCAAAAUUUUCUGAUGAUCCACAUCCCAAAGUGAUUUUGCUCUCUAACUUAUGGCUCCAGUUUGUGAUGACUGUAAUUGCUACCAAGGCAGAAAUAUGUCCUUCCUGCAACGGGUCUGGGGUCAUGUUGAUGCUCACGUGGUUACGUGAUUGCAGUCAUGGCCACAGUAGGAUCUUGAAAUCCUGUGAACUGAGGUGCAAGUGACAGGAUACUCGUAUGCAUUCUCUGUGAUCCAGUGGGCACUGUAGCGCUUCCCCCUGAAACAGAAACGAGUGGUUCAGUUUAGGACUCAAUGUAGAAUAAAGGCGUACAGUUUCAAACGUAACUACUGAUUGUGGGCACCUUCAGUUUUUGAUAACCCCUCCUGAGAUACCCUAGAGUAAACCUGACUUUCAGAAAGGGCUGAGAAACCUACCUUCAGAAAAAAUCAGACUCUUUACUGAUGAAGUUUUUCAUCAUCAUCAUCAUUCCUUUCUCAUUAUGUGCAUGGCAUUGAAUAUACAACCCCCCCAUUAAUCUAAUCUCUUCUGAGAAUUAAGUCAGUAACUUUUUGGGGUAUGUGUCACCAUUCUGUGAUUAAAAAAGCUGCUGGUCUGAUUAUAGUCCAUGUGCUAAAGCUUUUUUUUUUUUUUUUUUUUUUUUUUAAAUACUACUGUGUGUUUAGUUUGCAGCUAAAGAAACAUUAAGUAAUCUAUAUUUCUACUGGACUUGAGUGUUUUACCGGGAGCUCAACUGAAAAAGUGUAUUUCUGAAUACAGCGUGCUUUUUUUAUCAUAUGAAUGUAACCAUAGAGUUUACUAGGAAUAAAACAUAAUAGAAAUAGUAUACAGUUAUUUGAUUAGAAGACUUUUGUAACAAACCUAUGCAUUUACUAAAGGAAUUUCUAAAAGUGAAAGUUUUAAAUUGUAUUAUUAUUUAUAUACAGUAGAAAAAAAUAUAUAUAUGUAUAAAUUUACUCCACUCACUAUUUUGUGAAAUUAUUUAGAAUGUAAGUGAUUAUCAUUUCUGAGAAGAAAAUUUAAAAGCCAUUUUCUUAAUUAUGAGAACUGUGAAAAUACAAAGCAAUACCAUGUAGAUUUUGUAAUCAAUAAAUUGAAUAAAUAAAUCAUAAUGAUUUAAUAUUAAAAUUGGCUUUUAAAAUAUAAAUUGCUAUUAAUGAAUUAAGUAGAAAUUAAUGCAAGUAUUUACUUGGGAAAGAAUCACUUAAAAUAUUUUAAGACUAACUUAUUAUACUGGUUCCUAACUAAUCCUGUGGGCCAGAGUCUGCAGACUUACACCACAGAGGAGGUACUAGUAGUGACGUUUAUGGAUUUGGACGUUUACUUUUUUCCUUGAUUUAGUAUGAAAUGCAAAAUUCCAUUCUUGACUUUAGAGAGUGGAACAUGUGGCUAUCUAUAACACGGUAAAAUAUGUCAUAUGUGCUUUGCUCCUGAGCCCACAGGAGUCUGUGACAAAAUGCCCACCCAUUCCAUGAGGUGCAGGCCAGCCCUGUGACAAAGGUGGCAGAAGGCUGGCGGUUGCUCCACACUCUCGGUGCAGUAGAGGAGGAGAUGUCCAAGGGGAAAACCCGGCAGGAGCCCAUCAUGGGCCUGCCCGGCCCUCGGCUGGGCGCCUCCUCUCUGGGCAGAAGCUUUGGAAAGGCAGGGUGGCUCUGCAGAAAGACCCUUUUAUGUGAAUAGGAAGAACUCUUUUGAGGAUCUGGGACAAGCAGAAUGUAGAAACCUAGAGACAGUAGAAAACACCUGCUAUCGUAUCCACGCAAUCAUGUUUGGUUUAGUUCUGGUUGGAUUCAUUGUGUCUCCCCACAACAUAUUGAUGGAUGGCUUUCAUUUACAUGUUUUAUACCAAAGUUUUAAUGUCAAGCCUUCAAAUUUUGUAAAAAAUAAAUAAAUAAAUAAAUAAAAAGAAAAAAGUGACCCCAGAAAGAAAAAAACAAGGUAACAAGAAAGAUGGGAUCAUUUCUUAUGCUGAGGGUUUGGUUUUUUUUCCAAGUAGUAUUCAGCAGCUGAUUCUUGGGCAUUGCAAGGGUGCUGAAUAGUCUUUCAAACAUUAGUAUUUAACAGUAUGAAAUAUUUUACUGUUGCAUGUUCUGCUGUAGAACAGGAAAAAGAUUUUGGCAGACGCAACGUCAAGCUGAUUCUGGGACAGUCAGUAAGUAUUCUUCUACAAAUGGGUUGUCAGAGAAGUGAUUAUGAAGAAUAGACUGACUGUUUUCAGUAACAUAGAAUGUCUCCCUUCGACCAAUUGCUCAGCCUGGACAGCUGUGUCCUCUCUGACAAAGUGCCUUACUGGCUAUUAUUUUACCUGGCUUAUAUUUUGAAGUUUAUUCACACCAUGUAGGCGACAAAACAGAAAAGGCUAGAUAGGAAAAACAGUACUCUCUCUAUUUCAAAUUAACUGAUAUAAAAUGAGUGGCAGACAAGAUGUCAGAUGCAUUCGAGCUGCAUGAUGCAGCACACACCAAUUUCCCCGUUGCUGUUGUCAGAUCGUGAAAGUAGACUCUCUGGUCCGGGAGAAAACACAUCAUGACAAUUGUGGUGUUGCAAAUAAUUAAAUAAAAACAAUGCAAGACUGUUCUGUUUUCAGUAGUAGAUUUUUUUAUAGCUUUAAUUUAUGGUAUAGUGAACUUCUGCGUAGGGCCUGUUCUGCUUUCAGUUGCAGUGAUCAUACGUCUUGUACCUGUGUAACUGCAGGGAGAGCUGGGCUCCUGCUACUUAGAACAGAAGGAAAAAAGCUGGCAAAUACAUAGUAUAUUACUGUAAUGCGUCUAUUUGCGUGUUCAUAAGUGAAAAGUUCAUUCUCCAUUUCAAGACUGAUCGUUUGCUAUUCUGGAAGUGUUUUAUAAAUUAUUCUACCUUUUUUAACUUUUGAUACGGGCGAUGAUUUUUGAGGUAAUACAUUAUUUGUACUGCUCUGUAAUCAAAUUAGAAAGGUACCUGUUUCUUCACGUUUAAGUAACACUAGUGCUACUAACAUUAAAAUUGUCUGUUUCCUCUACGCUACAAAAAGUCCACAUGUAUUUGUCCCAAGUAACGGGUUGUAAAAUCACAAGACAGGCUCUUUAAGGCUUAAGAAAUGGAAGGGAGGUUACUGUUUCAUUAAUGUGAUUAUUGAGGUUAUAUUAUCAUCUUGCCAAAACCAAAUUAACAUGAGCACGACAGUUUGAGCUCUAAAACCUGUUUGCUUCUGCUAUGCAGAAACGGAAACGUAUUGUUUAAAUAUCUUUGAUAACCGAAGUGUUUAAUUUUGUUGUUACUUCACUGUUUUACAGCUCUUGGGGAUUGUUCUAAUAAAGAUUUAGAUACAAAAGG